CUAAAUUUUAAAGCCGCAAUUCCCAUGAUUCUCUGCGAUCUGUGCCCCGGAAGUGAUCUGGUAAGGUCACAUACGAGGCGCCUGUGUUACAGCAGCUUGGUUAGCAGUUUAAGUGUAGGAAGGCGAAGGUCAUUGUCUCGCUGCCAUGCCGCCUGGGCCCGUUCAGAUCGUACAGCCGGAACUUAACAACUCGCAACCUGAUGAAACGAAGGAUGAAACUCCAGCCACAAAACCGAUCGUGGGAAUCAUUUAUCCGCCCCCCGAAGUCCGAAACAUUGUCGACAAGACAGCCAGCUUCGUAGCCAGGAACGGACCAGAGUUUGAGGCCAGGAUUCGGCAGAACGAGAUCAACAACCCAAAGUUCAAUUUCCUGAACCCCAGUGACCCGUACCAUGCCUACUACCGGCACAAGGUCAAUGAGUUCAAGGAGGGCAAGGCCCAGGAGCCAUCAGCCGCUGUGCCCAAGGUCAUGCAGCAGCAGGCCAUGCAGCAGGCCCCGCAGCAGCAGCUGCCACAGAAGGUCCAGGCUCAGGUGAUUCAUGAGACUGUGGUGCCGAAAGAGCCCCCGCCUGAAUUUGAGUUCAUCGCCGACCCCCCCUCCAUUUCUGCCUUCGACCUCGAUGUGGUGAAGCUGACAGCCCAGUUUGUGGCCCGCAAUGGCCGGCAGUUCCUCACACAGCUCAUGCAGAAGGAGCAGCGCAACUACCAGUUUGACUUCCUGCGCCCCCAGCACAGCCUGUUCACCUACUUCACCAAGCUGGUGGAGCAGUACACCAAGAUCCUCAUCCCACCAAAGGGGCUCCUGCAGAAGCUGAAAAAGGAGGCUGAAAACCCCAGGGAGGUGCUGGACCAGGUCCGCUAUCGCGUGGAGUGGGCCAAGUUCCAAGAGCGUGAGAGGAAGAAAGAGGAGGAGGAGCGAGAGAAGGAGCGCGUGGCCUAUGCCCAGAUCGACUGGCAUGACUUUGUGGUGGUGGAGACCGUGGACUUCCAGCCCAACGAGCAAGGACAUUUCCCCCCUCCUACCACCCCAGAAGAACUUGGCGCUCGGAUCCUGAUUCAGGAGCGGUACGAAAAAUUUGGGGAGAGUGAAGAAGUGGAGAUGGAGGUGGAAAGUGAGGAUGAGGAAGAUGACCGGGUGGACAGGGAGGAAGGACACCCAACCCAACCAGACCAGGACACACAGCUACAGGACAUGGAUGAGGGCUCUGAUGAAGAUGACGACGGCAUGAAGGCGCCAUUGCCCCCUGAUAACCCCAUGCCACCACCCCUGCCCCCCACACCCGAUCAGGUCAUCAUCCGCAAGGACUACGACCCCAAGGCCUCCAAGCCCCACCCCCCAACGGUAGCCUCAGAGGAGUACCUGAUCUCCCCCAUUACGGGAGAGAAGAUCCCCGCCAGCAAAAUGCAGGAGCACAUGCGCAUUGGCUUGCUGGACCCACGCUGGCUGGAGCAGCGUGACCUCAAGAUCCGCGAGCGGCAGAUUGAGGACGAGGUGUACGCCCCGGGACCUGACAUCGAGAGCAGCCUGAAGCAGCUGGCCGAGAGGCGUACCGACAUCUUCGGUGUGGAGGAGACCGCCAUAGGCAAGAAGAUCGGGGAGGAGGAGAUCCAGAAGCCAGAGGAGAAGGUGACAUGGGACGGCCACUCGGGCAGUAUGGCACGCACACAGCAGGCCGCACAGGCCAACAUCACGCUGCAGGAGCAGAUCGAGGCCAUCCACAAAGCCAAGGGCCUGGUGCAGGAGGACGACUCCAAGGAGAAGAUUGGGCCCAGCAAGCCCAGCGAGGCCCCACCUCCACCACCACCAGUAGUCUCUGCAGUGCCCAGCCUUCCCAAGCCCUCGCCACCGCUGGCCUCGGUGCCCCGCACCCCUCCCACUAUGCCGCCCCCAGUGCGCACCGCCCUGCUCUCCACUGUGCCGGUGCUGCCGCGGCCCCCCAUGGCCCCUGUGGUGCGCCUCAGCCCAGGUCAGGUGCUGACGCCCAUCCCACCCAUGCUGCACGCGCCCCGCAUCAACGUGGUGCCCAUGCCACCAGCUGGCCCGCACAUCAUGGCCCCACGGCCGCCCCCUAUGGUGGUGCCCACCGCCUUUGUUCCGGCCCCCCCGGUGCCCCAGCCCCCCAGCGCCGCCCCCACACCACUGCCCCCCGCCCACCCACCCCCACCUCAUGAGGAUGAGCCGGCCAGUAAGAAGAUGAAGACUGAAGACAACCUCAUUCCCGAGGAGGAGUUCCUGCGGAGGAACAAGGGCCCUGUGGCGGUUAAGGUACAAGUACCCAACAUGCAGGACAAGACCGAGUGGAAGCUCAGCGGGCAGGUCCUCAGCUUCACUGUGCCGCUCACGGACCAGGUGUCCGUGAUAAAGGUUAAAAUCCAUGAAGCUACGGGCAUGCCAGCAGGGAAGCAGAAGCUGCAGUAUGAGGGCAUUUUCAUCAAGGACUCCAACUCGCUGGCAUACUACAACAUGAACAGUGGCUCCGUCAUCCACCUGGCACUGAAGGAGCGUGGAGGCAGGAAGAAGUGAAGAUCGCUGCGCUUUCUCCAGCACCCCCUGCUGGCCUGGAGCAGACUGUCUCGCCCCAUCCGCCCUGUGGGUCCUCUUGCAUCCCAGCGCUGCUGAGUAGCUGUUCUUGGGACAGCAGGGAGAUAUGGAUCAUUUACCAGUUUCCCAGAAUUUCCCUGCAGAAUCUGUGUCAUGUACCUCCCCCCAAUUCUUCACAUGUUUCAAACAGCUUUGAAAAAUACAGUGAUGGGAUGGCACAGAGCGCCACCCACAGGCUGUGACUGCCUCUGUGUACAUGCCACUUGGAGUUUUCUGCUAAGGGUGACAUUCUGCUUUGUUUAAUUGCAUAACACACUGCUUGGGCAUCAGUCUGUCACUGGUGUGAUACUUUUUUUGUUUUGUUUUAAGCAUCCGCAACAUCGCUUAGGAAUCCUUGUUCUAAAAACCCAGUAAUCUUGAUGAUUUGCUGCAAUUAAACUGUACUGCUGUAGAAAUGUAUUCAGUGCUCAUUAUCAGCCAUCUUUAGGUUUAUUUUUUUCUUUUAUAACUUCCCCUCCAGACAAACGGCAUGUUGCUACUAUUUGCAUGGAGAAAUUAAAGUUGCUGUAGUUGUCAAUAUGGAUAGGUUUGCUUAAUCGUAUUUCUGGUGUAACACACUUUUCAACUUUGUAUAGUAGAUUUUCUUCCUAAGCUUUAAAUAAAGUCAUUUUCUUCUGGG